AUGUCCGCCUCUGACCAUCAAAACGUAUUCCCAGGGCCUCCCACCGGCUUCUCCGAGUUUCAAACCGUCGUGCGCCCGGGAGACGCAUCGCGCCUCCGCAGGAGCGCGACCGACAGGCCCUAUCCCUCGUCUUCGUCUUCCACCGACCCCCCCAAGACGGAUAACGAGGAGAUUGUGGAGCCGUGGAAGACGAACCUAACUCGACGGCAGACUUGGAACGACAAGUCAGAUAGCGAGGAGAUUGUGAAGGCGUGGAAGCCGACCCCGAAUCGUCGGCAGAGUUGGAAUGAGCAGGAGAUGCGACAUCAAUUCCAGUCCCAUCUGUUCAACCUGGAGGAGGGGAAGAAGACGGGGUUCACGGAGGUGUCGCACGAGGUACAAUGA